AUUUUGUGUAUUGCGUAACUCGAAUCUGAUGUCACUGUUCAAAUUUUUAGUAUUACAAUUCUGAUAUGGUUUUAAGUACAUAGUUCCUUGUUUUUCAGUCCUCUCUGCUCUUCUAUGAUUGAUUUAUAACGAUUCCUAUACCUCAGUUGUAAGUCUAAAUCGGAAGAAUAAAUAUACUAAUCGCUGUGUGUGUUACUGAUUCUUAAUUAUAAAAUCAAAGCAAUCAAGAAUCUGCUAAAAGUAGUGUCUUCAAGAAAUCUCAAUGCAUAGUAGUGGUACAAAUACAUCAUGCUGAUCAGUUUUACGUUGAUUCUAAUAAUAAUACUACAAUUCUGGAUAUACGCACGAUAUAAACUAAGCUAUUGGAAACAACGUGGUGUCGAAUCUAUCACGAGCGAUCUAAUUUUCGGCAAUUUCAAGGAUGCCGUGCUCUUUCGUACCGCGCCGGGAUGGCACAUCGGUCAGCUGUAUAAAGCGGCCCGUACAAACGCGCCCUUCGUCGGCUUUUACAUUUUCCACAAGCCAUGUCUAUUAUUGCGCGAUCCAGACAUUAUAAAGCAAUUUAUGAUCCGCGAUUUCCAUAAUUUUUGUGACCGCCAUUUUGCCGGUUCCAAACAGAAGGAUAGUAUCGGCAUGAAGAAUUUGUUUGGUCUGAAGAAUCCGGCCUGGAAAUAUCUGCGAACCAAAAUCACGCCGACGUUAACCAAGGGCAAGCUAAGACAGAUGUUCCCGCUGAUGAUGGAGAUCGGAGAACCAAUGAUGGAUUAUCUCAAACAUUAUCCAACGGAUCACGACGACGUGAAACUGGUGGAUGUCCAAGAACUCAGUUAUAAGUACACGACCGAUUUGAUCGCUUCGAUUGCACUCGGUACUAAGAUGAACACAUUCGAUUAUCCGAAUGAGGAAUUUUCAACCGCAGUUUACGAAUUCUUCCAUGGAUUCAAGAGGAUGUUUGCCCUCGUUGUGGUAUUCUUUAUACCUGAAUUGAUAGACCUAAUUGGUACUAGAGUUCUUGUAAUUUUCGUCCAUAAAAAAAUUUUCUGGAACGCUAUAGAGACUCGUGAAACCGGUGAAAAACGAGGCGAUUUUAUUGACUCGCUACUCCAGUUAAAACAUGGCAAGCAGAAUACCGUUUUUAAAUUCGAAGGUGAAAAUUUACUAUACCAGUCCGGUACUUUCUUUUCGGGCUUUGAAUCGAGUUCUACCUGCAUGUCUUUCACGUUAUUGGAAUUGGCGAAACAUUCCAAGUAUCAGGAGCUAGCCAGACAAGAUAUUAACCGGGCAAUCGAUAAACACGGUUGGACAUACGAAGCGUUCCAGGACAUGAAGUAUCUCGAUCAGACAAUAGCCGAGAGUUUAAGACUGCAUCCGCCCGUAUCAACAAUUGACAGAUACACUCGUGAAAAUUACAAGAUUCCUAAUACUGAUAUUGUUAUCGAGAAAGGAACGCCAAUAUUCGUCUCUUUAUACGGACUCGGAGCAGAUCCCAAGUUCUGGAAUGAACCCGAAGUAUACAACCCCGAUAGAUUCACCGAAAAUAAUCAUAUCACUGACGCCUACAUCCCGUUCGGAAUUGGUCCCAGGAUGUGUGUAGGAAUGAAAGUCGGCCGAUUGCACGCUAAAAUUGUUUUGACGUUUCUUCUGCGCGAUUACGAGAUAUGGCAAACCAAAAAUAAUGAAAUUUUUCUGGAUCCACGAUCAACGUUCACGGCCGCCGGUAAUGGAAUUAAUCUGCACUUCAGAAAGAUCGUAACGCAUGCAAGUUUUAUACGAGUAACUGCCCAGGAAAAAAGAUUCUUCGAGGAAGAUUUGUACAAAAUGGCGAUAUUGACUGAUUGCGUUUUUUUGGAUAUAUUCUUGGUAUUCUUCUCACUUUUCGCAACGCUUUACUUAUGGCUAAAGUGGAAACACUCCUAUUGGCAAAGACGUAGCGUACGCACAUUACCUGCACAUUGGUUUUUCGGUCACUUUAAGGACGCGAUACUUAUGCGUAAACCAGCGGGAGUGGUCCUCGGCGAGUUGCAUCGACAAGCCGCAGAUGAGGAUGAUAUAAUCGGAAUCUAUAUCCUACACAAACCAUUCCUACUGGUGAGAAAUCCAGAAUUGAUCAAGCAAAUUAUGAUCAAGGACUUUCAUUUAUUCCCGAAUCAUCAUUUCGAGGGCAGAAGUAACUCCGACAAUGUUGGCAAAUGGAGUCUCUUCACUAUCAAGAAUCCUGAAUGGAGGCAAUUGAGGACAAAAAUGUCACCGGUGUUUACGAGCGGUAAAUUGAAGAAUCUCUUCUUACUUAUGCAAGAGGCAGGGGAGAUGAUGAGGGAGCAUCUUCAUGAUAAAUUCGUGGACGACUCCAAGAUGUCGAUAUCUAUCAAAGAUACGUUUUACAAAUAUACUACCAUUGUGAUAUCCUCCUUGGCGUUUGGGAUUCGGACGAACUGUUUCGACACACCGGCGCCGGAAUUUUUCGUAAACUCAUGUAAGGCAUUUCAACCAACCUUUGUGAGGACCUUUAAAUUCUUUUUCCUAUUCUUUAUGCCGGAUAUUGGAAAAUAUCUGGGUCUUAAAAUGCUCGGUGAUUACACGGAUUAUUUUCGUAAGGUCUUUUGGGAUUCUAUGGACAAAAGGAGCGUCACGAAGACGAAACGAGGAGAUCUGAUCGAUUCUCUUUUGCAAUUAAAAAAUGAAAAUAAAGACGAUACUCAUUUCCGAUUCGAGGGGGAUGUCCUUCUUGCUCAAGCGGCGAUUUUCUUCGCGGCUGGUCGCGAGACUAGUAUUACCACCAUGACAUACACUCUUUGUGAAUUGGCCAAACAUCUGGAAAUGCAGAAACGUGUGAGAGAAGAGAUUCUUGAGAAAAUCCAGACUGCGAAUGGCGUCACGUAUGAAGCGGUUCAUAAUAUGAAAUAUCUACAGCAAGUGAUAAACGAAACGCUAAGACUCUAUCCACCUGCGCCAGUUCUGGAUAGAUCUUCUUUAGAGGAUUACACAAUACAAUUACCUAAUACGAAGAUAACUAUCGAGAAAGGAACACCAGUAUACGUUGCAUUACGUGGCAUUCAGAGCGACCCAAGAUUCUAUUCGGAUCCUAAGCGUUUCGAUCCUGAACGAUUCAACGACGAGAGAAAGAACGAGAUUGUACCUUGUACCUUCCUGCCAUUCGGCGAGGGUCCGCGAAAUUGUAUAGGUAUGCGACUGGGAAUUUUACAAACCACCGUAGGAUUAAUAGCGAUUCUACGCGACUACGAGGUUUCGAUGAAUCCUUCGUGGAUGUCCAUUAUGGAUCCGCGAAACGUGUUCACUUCCCCGCCUACAGGAUUCCUGCUGGAUUUAAAAAGAGCUUCUCCGAGAGAUUUGCGCAAAAUGGCGAUAUUGACUAACUGCGUUCUUUUGGAUACGCUUUUGGUAUUCUCGUCACUUUUCGCGACGCUUUACUUAUGGCUAAAGUGGAAACACUCCUAUUGGCAAAGACGUGGCGUUCGCACGUUACCUGCACAUUGGUUCUUCGGUCAUUUUAAGGACGCGAUACUUAUGCGUAAACCAGCGGGAGUGGUCCUCGGCGAGUUGCAUCGACAAGCCGCAGAUGAGGAUGAUAUAAUCGGAAUCUACAUCCUACACAAACCAUUCCUACUGGUGAGAAAUCCAGAAUUGAUCAAGCAAAUUAUGAUCAAGGACUUUCAUUUAUUCCCGAAUCAUCAUUUCGAGGGCAGAAGUAACUCCGACAAUGUUGGCAAAUGGAGUCUCUUCACUAUCAAGAAUCCUGAAUGGAGGCAAUUGAGGACAAAAAUGUCACCGGUGUUUACGAGCGGCAAAUUGAAGAAUCUCUUUUUACUUAUGCAAGAAGCAGGAGAGAUGAUGAGGGAACAUCUGCGUGAGCAGUUUGCGAACGACUCCAAGAUUAGGUCGAUACCUAUCAAGGAGACGUUCUACAAAUAUACCACUAUUGUGAUAUCCUCCAUGGCGUUUGGGAUUCGAACGAACUGUUUCGACACACCGGCGCCGGAAUUUUUCGUAAACUCACGUAAUGCAUUUCAACCAACCUUCUUGAGGACCUUGCAAUUCUUUUUCCUAUUCUUUAUGCCGGAUAUUGGAAAGUAUCUGGGUCUUAAAAUGCUCGGUGAUUACACAGAUUAUUUUCGUAAGGUCUUUUGGGAUUCUAUGGACAAUAGGAGUGUCACGAAGACGAAACGGGGAGAUCUGAUCGAUUCUCUUUUGCAAUUGAAAAAUGAAAAUACAGACGAUACUCAUUUCCGAUUUGAAGGGGAUGUCCUUCUUGCUCAAGCGGCGAUCUUCUUCGUGGCUGGUCGUGAAACUAGUAUUACCACCAUGACCUAUGCUCUCUGCGAAUUGGCCAAACAUCCGGAAAUGCAGAAACGUGUGAGAGAAGAGAUUCUUGAGAAGAUUCAGACCGCGAAUGGUGUCACAUAUGAAGCGGUUCAUAAUAUGAAAUAUCUACAUCAAGUGAUAAACGAGACUCUAAGACUCUAUCCAUCUGCGCCAAUUCUGGAUAGAUCUUCUUUAGAGGAUUACACGAUACAAUUACCUAAUACGAAAAUAACUAUCGAGAAAGGAACACCGGUAUAUGUUGCAUUACGUGGUAUUCAGAGCGAUCCCAGAUUCUAUACGGAACCUAAGCGUUUCGAUCCUGAACGGUUCAACGAUGAGAGAAAGAACGAGAUUGUACCUUGUACCUUCUUGCCAUUCGGCGAGGGCCCGCGAAAUUGUAUAGGUAUGCGACUGGGAAUUUUACAAACUGCUGUGGGAUUAAUAGCGAUUCUACGCGAUUACGAGAUUUCGUUAAAUUCUUCGUGGAUGUCUAUCGUGGAUCCGCGGAAUGUGUUCUUAUCCCCGCCUACAGGAUUCCUGCUGGAUUUAAAAAAGAUAUAAAAUAGGUAUUUAUAUUAUACUAUACAAGUUUACUAUAUUUUAAUCUUAUAAUUGUUUUAAAAACAUAUUUUAUGUUUUUCUUUUUUCGAUAUUGAAUUUAAUUCAGAAAAUUUGUUUUAUUGAAAAAAAAAAUCAUUGGAAAUAUUUUGAUCGAAAGAUAUACAUAGUGCAAGUAUACUUGCUGUAAUCAAAAAUCUAAAAAAAAUUGUUUUAUAUAGUUUGUAUAAUAAUUGCAUUAAUAAUAUAUAUACAAUUUUAUUAAUUCUAACAAUAUAUUCUUUUCACUUCCUGUGAAAAAUAAAAAUUUUUAACAAUGUUUUUUUUACAAAAUAAAAAAAGAUGAAAAUUAAAUAUGUAAGACAUAAAUGUAAUCAAUGUAAUAAAAAUAAAAUAUAAAUAAAUAUACAUAAAUAUAAAUAAAUAAAA